AUGGCUCCUCAUCCAUCAGUCUCCCCGUCGUUCAGUUCCAUCCCUCCCAAACCACCAGCACCAGAUCCCAACAUCAAUCCAUUCUCACCCCUAUCCCCGGAUCUCCCAGAGAACACCAUAAACCCAUCAAAUAGAGAAGAUCAAGUGACCAGGCUUCUCGGUAUAGAACUCUCAUCGCCCCACAAAGACCUCAUCAUCUACACCCGUCGAGACCUGCUGCGUAUAGGCAAAUCAUCUCGUCAGCAUGGCCCACCUCCAGGAAUGAACAGCCUUGAUACAUGCGCCGCUCCCAAGGCGAAUGUACAACAUGUAGACGAUCCGGCAAUAGCAUCUAUAGGACCUCCAUCCAGUACAAGCAGACGAGGAGGAUUCGGGGAAGGUUUUGGAUAUGGAGGAGGAAUAGGUGGUGGGAGGGGUCUGGGCGUCAGAGGAGGAAGGAAUAUAGGACUCCGUCGACAACCCGAAACGUCGCUCGAUGCGAAUGGUCUUCCCAUCGAUAACAGGUCUUAUGGAGGUCAGAUGGGUAGAUUCUCUGUCAGAAACCCUGGAACCAUGCGGCUUGGAGGUGAUGAGAUCAAGAGGGAUAAGCGGAGAGAAGACGAAUGGCGAAGGUCUGAUCGAGAUAAUGGUCGUGGUGGUCAACGAGAUUUACGAGAUAGAGAUACUAGAAGACCGAACAAUUACACUCGAGAAGAAGAUACAUCCGAACCAGCAUGGAUGGACGAUGCUGCUCCUGUCGAUCCAGCGACAGUGGAUAAUACAGACCCUCUUGUUCAAUUCAUCCCUGGCGAAGAUAUGAUUGCCGCACAUAAGCGUGCUAUGAAGGCUAGAGACGUAGGGGGAGAUUGGAGGGGAGAUGGCCAUCUUCCAGCAUUUUUCGGCGGCGAUCCAGCAAUCGCUUCAUCUUCAGCUCCAGCUCCACCGCCUGGUCUGAUCAAACCCAAAUCUUUUAAUGCAGCCGAUUAUCUCAAACAAGCUGAAGAUCUUUCGGAUGAAGAGAUAGUACCACAACCUGUUCAACCUGCACCACCUGCGUCCGCCUUCUCCAGUCGAUUCCAGAAAUUCUUCAGUCCAGCUCAAGAGGCAGCACCGGUGGUGGAAGCGAGGCCGUUGGACGAGGUCAAAGAUGACCGUACUGCGAAGCUGAUGGGUCUGCUAAGCUCAAAAACGAGUCCUCCCCCUGAACAAGUGUAUACCCCAUCUCCAAGUGAACAACUCCGUCAUCUCUCCUCCCCACCUCCCUCAUCUGACGGUCAACCUUCUCAAUUUUCACCAAAUUACUACGGUCCCUCCGGUGGACCACUCCCUCAACCUUCUCACGCAAAUGCUCUUCUACAACAAUUAUACGGAAACGCGCAGGAACGUCAGCCACCUCCUCCUGAUCCUCUUCAGCUCUUGAAUCAAGCCCAGCGCCAAGGCAGUAGUCACCCACGAGCACCUCAUAUGUCACUGCCUCCUCAAUUCGCUCGUCCACCUCCCAACAUGAACAUGUUCCCUCAGCAGGAAGAAAAUGAUAUGAAUCAGGGAUAUCCUCCUCACUUCGGUCGACAGCCUAAUGUGUCUCAUGGUCCUCUACCUCCAGGUUUCAUGCCACCUCCUCCGCCCCAGUUCUUCCAACAGGGAGCACCACCACGACCACAUGGAUAUGCUAUGCCCAACUUUCCUCCUCAGCACCCACCUCAACAUUUACAACAUCCUCAACAACCAGUACCUCCUCGACCUUACCCACAUCAACCACUUGAAUCUGCACAGCAGGAUAUGCUAGCCACACUUUUUGCCGGUCUGGGACCGAGAUGA